UAGGGUAGCAGGUUUGGGUGGGAUGCCCUUUCUGGAGGGUCAGUGCAGACCCGAUGGGCCGAAUGGCCCGCUUCUAUGCUGUGAUGAUUCUACAGACACCCCCCCCCGCCCAGCCCAAACCCGCGACCCUCGGACCUCCUCGCGCUGAGGGACAACUGGUGAUUGGUGGGAUCUUGCUCUGCAUGGAUCAACUGCCAACCUCUCCUGCACCCCACUUCUGCAAAGUUGCCCUCUUGUAUGCGGUGGGAGUUGGUGGACAGUCCUGGGGUGAUGAGAGGCGUUGCUAAAAUGCAAGUCCUUGGUGUCUCGCAAGAGUCCCAGUAGCAGCCAGCAGGUGGCGGGAUGUACCUGCUCUUCCAAUAGUCCCAACUUUUCAAACUUUCAGUCAGCACAGUCCACCUUUAAGGACACUUGGAGCAAAACUUCAUUUCCCCCCCCCCAAAAAAAAAAGUUUGCGGGAUCUUUUGGAAAGCAGCACUCGAAAGAAGCCAGGCGUGCAAACAAACAGGUCUUUCUGAUUUCUGACAUGCCCCCCCUCCCCAUUGUGUGAAGCCCCAGGGGCAGCCUUCCAACUGGGGCAAUUGCAGACACUGUAAUUUCAGUCCGGAGACCGAAAUUGUCGCGCUGUGUGUCAGCCGGCCCCUUUUCCUGUGUUGCGGAAAGAAAAAAAAAAUCACAAGAGAGAUUAAAACCACACCCCGGUCGGUGUAUGAUGGAGUGUGGGUUGAAGUGCAGAGAUCCUGAGAAUUGCUGAGGGUCAGUGCUAUUAAUGGCGGAGAGGGGCACACACACAGGAGCCAACAGAGCGAACUUCCCCAGAAAUGACUUGGAGACAGCAAGGACAUUUCACGGGCUCCCAACUCUCCCGGGAGUGAAACUUCUCGAGAAGCUUUCGGCGGAAGGAGGCUUGAGAGGAACUUGUCGCGCAAAGGGACACAGCAGGAGACAGGUCUAACUCGCAAGGCAGAGGGGCGAAACCUCCCCAGAAGGGAGCGAGAAACUGACCCGGGGAAUCCCACAGGAGAGAGGGGGAUUCGGGGGUGCGACUCGCCCACAGUGUGCAGUCGAACUCUUUAAGUUAACAAGAGAGAAACCGGCACAGGAAACACAGGCGUAAAAAAAAAACAAGUUAGAGGCAACUUUGGGAAUCUGCAACAAAAUGUUGUUCUAACUUCCCUCUCCCAACUUCUUGCUGCUUUGGAAGUUCUCUCCACUGGAGUUCGGUUUUGUAAAUUAUUUAUUUAACUGUGCGGAUGUGAGAUUUGUUUGUGCGGGAACGUUUGAACACACACACACACACACACACCCACCCCCCAACAGGAGACUGAGACACAACUUUCUCUGGCUAACUGCACCGAAUUGGUGCUCCCAACCCUGUGGUUCGUGGAUCUCUCUUGCAGCUCGACUCCCUGAGCGGGUGAGAGAGAGAGGGCCGGAGUUUUCCAGGAUCCAGAGUUCGCCUCGUUGGCUGGAGGGGUUCUUGGUGCCCAGGUGGGCUGGGGUGAGGAAGGUGCUUUCCAACGACGAUGCUGCUCCCCAGGUAAGGCCAGGAGGAACAGAUUGGCCGUGGCCAUGGUGGAGCCGAACUGGAAGACCAUUUUUGGCAGAGCUUCCUGGGGUACGGCCAAGCCCCUCGACUCGGAGGGCGCCUUCACCAACCCCAUCUGGACGGCGUUGUUUGACUACGAGGCCCAUGGCAAGGACGAGUUGACGCUGCGCAAGGGCGACCUGGUGGAGGUGUUGUCCAGGGACUCGGCCAUCUCUGGUGAUGAGGGCUGGUGGGCCGGCAAGCUCCGUAACCAGGUGGGCAUCUUCCCCGCCAACUACGUGUCGCCGCAGCCACCGCUGCCGGCAGCCUACGGCAAGCUGGCCCCGGGCCGGGCCGAGGAACUGGCCGCCCCGGCCCAGGUCGCCUUCCGGGAGCUGACCCUCCAGGAGGUGAUAGGGGUGGGUGGAUUCGGCAAGGUGUACCGUGGCACCUGGAAGGGGCGGCUGGUGGCGGUGAAAGCGGCCCGGCAGGACCCCGACGAGGACAUCAGCGCCACAGCGCAGAACGUGAUGCAGGAGGCCCGGCUGUUCGCCAUGCUGAGGCACCCCAACAUCAUCGCCCUGCUGGGGGUGUGCCUGCAGGAGCCCAACCUGUGCCUCAUCAUCGAGUAUGCCUCCGGGGGGCCGCUGAACCGGGCGCUGGCCGGGCGCCGCAUCCCGCCGCAUGUUCUGGUCAACUGGGCCGUGCAGAUUGGCAAGGGCAUGCAGUACCUCCACGACGGGGCCAUCGUGCCCGUCAUCCACCGUGACCUCAAGUCAAACAACGUCCUUCAGGCUGAUUGUGCUAGGCCUCACCUCCAGACGAUGCUAGGCCUUGCCUCCAGACCACGCCAGCCCUCAUCUCCAGAGCACGCCAGCCUUGUCUCCGGACCACGUCAGGCCUCAUCUCCAGACCACACUAGGCCUCGCCUCAGACCAUGCCAGGCUUCACCUCAGACCACACCAGGCCUCAUCUCAGACCACGUCUGGCCUCACCUCAGACCACGCCAGGCCUCGUCUCAGACCACGCCAGGCCUCGUCUCAGAUCACACCAGGUCUCGCCUCAGACCACGUCAGGCCUCACCUCAGACCACGCCAGGCCAAACCUCAGUCCACACCAGGCCUCGUCUCAGACCACGCCAUGCUUCACUUCAGACCACGCCAGGCCUCGUCUCAGUCCACACCAGACCUCACCUCAGACCAUGCCAGGCCUUGCCUCCAGACACACCAGGCCUCACCUCCCCCACCCCUCGAGUGCCCUCUGUGGGCCAACCGCACACCCACUGCAGGCACGAAGCUCCACCACACCUGACGGCCCAUCGAGAUCCCGAGUCCAGGCUCUGGGCCUACCGAAGCCAGGAGCCCUUGAUCAGGGCAGCGCCACUGCUGCUGCCAACAAUGACCCUCUGACACAGCUCUGGCUCCCCACGACGCCGGAAGAUGAAAGAGAAGAGCAAGAAAAAUAGGGAAAAGGAGAUCGAAAGACAAGGAAGCAACAGGCCUGGAGCAUACAAACUCAGGAUCCAUUCCACUCUUACCAUGCUGCCAUCUUGGGCAGCAUCUGAGCAUUGGCAAGAGGCCAUCACAUCCCACCUUGACACUACAAUCCCCUGACUCUUCCCCCUUGCUCCAUGACUUCUGCGCAAACCCAAAGGGCAUUUGUGACCAGUUUUGACUGCCUGAGAACAGUGUUACUGUCCCCUCAGACCAUACAAUGGAGGAACAGAAGUAGCCCAUUCAGCCCAUCAAGUCUGCUCCACCAUUCAAUGAGGUUGUGGCUAAUCUGAUAAUAGUGUCAUAGAAACAAACGGUACGGAAGAGGCCCUUUGGCCUAUCAAGUCUGCACUGGGAAAAGCUAUGUUUAAACCUACACUCCCUCCCACUAGUUCCAGUGGCUGGCCCAUAACCUUGAGUGUAUUAAAUAAUCCACAACUCCACCUUCCUGCCAGUUCCCCAAAACCCCUUGAUCGCCCUUACUGCUUAAAAAUGUCAGGUAGGGCACAGCAUGGCAAAGUUCACAGAGAGUUGUGAUCAGUAGCCAUCAGUAAACGAUGUAUAUGUUAUAUGUAUAACUGCUGUGAGCAUAAAAAAUUUAAGCAUCUAUCAGUAUUGUCAGCGUUAUACAGUGACAGACCUGUCCCCACCUGUACUGU